UUCCGGAAGUUAGUUCAGACAGAGGGACUGUCUCUUGGAGGAGCAUCUCAGAGCAUAUCCUCCAGAGUCCCGGUCCUGUCGCCACCUCGGCUCCUAGCGCAAGAAUCCCCAGGUGGGCGCGGCAGGUGUGCGCCCCAAGCUCAUCACUGCCGGCCAGGGACUGAGGGCCCUCUGUAACAGUCUCUUUUGCGACAGCACUCGCUACCACACCGGGGCACCCUCAACAAAUCCCAUGAAUCCAAGUACCCCCGUCAGAGAUGCCCCGAUUCCAGUCUGGUCCGACCGCGCCGAUUCUUUCGCGGCGGACUCCAAGAGGCGCGCGCGCUUGUUUGCGCGCGUCCGCCUCCUCCCCCGGCCCUGGCAGGGGGCGGAGGGUGGGUGGGCAGAGGACCUGGAUCCGAUUAGCUGGGAGGGGAAGCUGUGGUCCCAACCACUCUCUCGUGUGUCCUCCAGGAGGAGGGAGGGACGGUGCUCGAGAGGAGGGGAAGGAGUCCCAUCCCUGAGCGCUCAGGCCCGGGGGUCUGAACGCCCGCGUCUCCCCCACCCCGGGCCGCGGCCAUGGGACCCCCUGCCAGCUCCGGCUUCUACGUGAGCCGCGCGGUGGCCCUGCUGCUGGCGGGGCUGGCCGCCGCGCUCCUGCUGGCGCUGGCCGUGCUCGCCUCGCUGUACGGCCACUGCGCGCGCGUCCCGCCGUCGGAGCUCCGGGACCGCGGGGCUCCGGCUGCCGCGCCCUCCCUCCCCGGCCAGCAGGAGCCGACCGCGCAGCCCGGCCCCACUGCGGAGCCCGACGUGGCGGCCACCCGGAGCAACCGGCGACCUCCGGGGCCCUGGGACCAGCUGCGCCUGCCGCCCUGGCUCGUGCCGCUGCACUACGAGCUGGAGCUGUGGCCGCGGCUGCGGCCGGAUGACCUGUCGGCGUCCGCGUUGCGCUUCACGGGCCGCGUGAACAUCACGGUGCGCUGCACCGCGGCCACCGCGCGGCUGCUGCUACACAGCCUCUUCCUGGACUGUGAGAGCGCCGCGGUGCGCGGACCCCUGUCCCCGGACGCUGGAGACGACUCCGCGGGCCGGGUAUCUGUAGUGGAGAGGUGGUUCGCCGUGGACAUGCAGUACCUGGUGCUGGAGCUCGGCGACGCCCUGCAGCCCGGGAGCCUCUAUGAGCUGCAGCUCGGCUUCUCCGGCGCCGUGAGCCAGGACACCAGGGAGGGCCUCUUCCUCAACCUCUACACGGACCAGGGUGAGCGCAGGGCCCUGUUAGCAUCUCAGAUGGAACCAACAUUUGCCAGGAAUGUUUUCCCUUGUUUUGAUGAGCCAGCUCUGAAGGCAACUUUUAAUAUUACAAUCAUUCAUCAUCCACAUUAUGUGGCCCUUUCUAACAUGCCAAAGCUAAGUCAGUCUGAGAAAGAAGAUGUGAACGGAAGCAAGUGGACUGUUACCAGCUUUCACACCACGCCCCACAUGCCCACUUACUUGGCUGCCUUUGUUAUUUGUGACUAUGAACACAUCAGCAGGAUUGAGAGGGGCAAGGAGAUACGCAUCUGGGCCCGGAAAGAUGCCAUUGCAGAUGGAAACGCAGACUUUGCUUUGAACAUCACAGGUCCCAUCUUCUCUUUUCUGGAGGAUUUAUUUAAUAUCAGUUACCCUCUUCCAAAAACAGAUAUAAUUGCUUUGCCUACUUUUGACAACCGUGCAAUGGAAAACUGGGGACUAUUGACAUUUGACGAGUCAUUAUUGUUGCUGCAGCCAAAUGAUAAAUUAACAGAAAAAAAGAUCAUGAUCUUCUACAUUGUCUCCCACGAGAUUGGACAUCAGUGGUUUGGAAACUUGGUUACCAUGAAUUGGUGGAAUAAUAUCUGGCUCAAUGAAGGUUUUGCAUCUUAUUUUGAAUUUGGGAUAAUUAACCACUUCAAUCCUAAACUCCCAAGGAAUGAGAUCUUCUUUUCUAACAUUUUACAUGGUGUGCUCAGAGAAGAUCACGCCCUGGUGUCUAGAGCCGUCUCCAUGAAGGUGGAAAGUUUCACAGAAACCAAUGAAAUAAAUGAGCUCUUUGACUUAUUCACUUACAACAAGGGAGCGUCUCUGGCCCGGAUGCUAGCUAGUUUCUUGAAUGAGAAAAUAUUUAUCAGCGCACUUAAGUCAUAUUUGGAGACUUUUUCUUACUCAAAUGCUGAGCAAGAUGAUCUGUGGAGACAUUUUCAAAUGGCCAUAGAUCACCAGAGUAAAAUUCUUUUGCCAGCAACAGUAAAAAGCAUCAUGGACAGCUGGACACACCAGAGUGGUUUUCCAGUUAUCACCUUAAAUGUAUCCACGGGCGUCAUGAAACAGGAGCCAUUUUAUCUUGGCAAGGUUAAAAAUCAGACUCUUCUAAGCCACAAUGAUACAUGGAUUAUACCUAUUCUUUGGAUAAAAAAUGGAACUACACAGUCUUUAGUCUGGCUAGAUAAAAGCAGCAAAGUAUUUCCUGAAAUGCAAGUUUCAGAUUCUGACCAUGACUGGGUGAUAUUAAAUUUGAAUGUGACUGGAUAUUAUAGAGUUAACUAUGAUAAAUUAGGUUGGAAGAAAUUAAAUCAACAGCUUGAAAAAGAUCCUAAGGCUAUUCCUGUUAUUCAUAGACUUCAGCUGGUUGAUGAUGCCUUUUCCUUGUCUAAAAAUGAUUAUAUCGAGAUUGAAACAGCACUUGAUUUAACCAAGUACCUUGCUGAAGAAGAUGAAAUCAUAGUGUGGCAUGCAGUUUUGAUGAACCUAGUAACCAGGGAUCUUGUUUCUGAUGUGAACAACCAUGAUAUAUAUCCAUUGUUAAAGAAGUAUCUGUUGAAGAGACUUAUCUCAAUAUGGAAUACUUACUCAACUAUAAUUCGUGAAAAUGUGACAGCCUUGCAGGAGGACUAUUUAGCUCUAAUAUCACUGGAAAAAGUUUUUGGAACUGCAUGUUGGUUGGGUCUUGAGGACUGUCUUCAGCUGUCCAGAGAACUCUUCAGAAACUGGAUGAACCAUCCAGAGAAUGAAAUACCUAAUCCAAUUAAAAACGUUAUUUUAUGUUAUGGCAUUGCCUUGGGAAAUGAUAAAGAAUGGGAUUUUUUGUUAAAAAUCUACAAUAAUAACACAAAGGAAGAAGAAAGGAUUCAACUUGCUUAUGCAAUGAGCUGCAGUAAAGAUCCAUGGAUACUUAACAGAUAUAUGGAUUAUGCCAUCACUGUGUCUCCUUUCACUUUUAAUGAAACAAAUGUCAUUGAAGCUGUUGCAGCGUCUGAAGUUGGCCGAUAUGUUGCAAAGGACUUUUUAAUCAACAAUUGGCAAGCUGUGAGCGAAAGGUAUGGAACGCAAUCAUUGGUUACCCUACUAUAUGUAAUCGGGAGAACCAUAAGUACAGAUUCACAGAUCUUAGAGCUGCAGCAGUUUUGCAGUAACAUGUUGGAGGAGCACCAGAGACUCACAGUUCAGGCCAAAUUACAGACAAUAAAGAACGAAAAUCUGAAAAACAAAGAGCGAAGUGCCAGGAUAGUGGCGUGGCUACGGAAAAACACAUAAUUUAGUGGUGACUUUCAGCCUUUGACUUGCAUAUUAUAAUGUGCUCACAGUUUUGUCUUCCAGGAUUCUCUGAGUCUGGAAAACCACACGUUUUGUUGUUUGUAUUUCAGUCACAUUUGCUGCUCAGAGUCCUGUUCCUCCCACGUCGUCACAUUUGGCCCCGUGGCUCAGUGACUGUUGGGGAUUUGGCCAACCAUGCUGCAUUUCUGGGGAAGAUUUUGCUUCAUGUCAGGCUACAAACCACAUAAUUUACUUUAAAUGCCUUGGAAAAACAAAUUUACCUUGCAAAAUUUCGUUUAUUCUGUUGUGAAGGCCAGUGGAAUAUUACAUCAUUAGCUAAAUGAGGGCAUUCUUUUCUGAGGGAAACACAAAUUUGCAAUAACUCCAGGGUUUAUUUAGUUCAAUACUGAGAAGAGUAAUAAGCAAAUGACACAACAGUGUAAUGAAACAGAAACCAGAAAAAUAGUAUUCACUGGCAGACAGAAAAGCCAAAGAAAUGCAAAUUUUAAAAAGAACAAUUUUAUGAGCCACGUUAAGUGCCCCAGAGGCAAGAAACAAGUCUCCUCCUGCCCCUGUCUCUCUCCCCAGUGUGUGCUGCAUUGUCCCGCACUUUACUGGCUACCGAACCUCCUGGUGUCACAGAGAGACUGGGAUCAUAGCACCCAGGAAGUCCCCGUAGGAUCGCUGUUGUGGAGACCAGAUGGAGACCAAGGCUCUGCUGAAGCUCUGGACUAUAUACUUCACCUGUGGGAUGGACUGUCUUUCAGCCGCAAAAAUAGUGAUGUCAACAGACAAAUAGCAAUUAUGGGCUCAUCUCUAGUGCAAAGGAAAAUGGUCAAAUAAAGAGAAAUAGAACUAAAGGAUUAACCAGAGCAUCAUCUUUACAACUUUGCACUCAUGGGGAUUAAGUUUGAAAUGUGGUUUUGAUUGGCCAAAUUGAACCUGUUUGUAGUCUGGACAACUUUAAACAUUGUCAUCAGUCCCAGUGUACAGAAUUAGCUCAGUUUUGUUACCUCUGAUUUAAUCAGGACCGCUAAGGCAAAUCACCCUACUCUAGACUUUGUGUGUCUACUGUUUUAAUUCUCAUUUAAUUUUGAUUUUGUUUUUACAGAAUGGGGGUAAAACUACAGAUCUCCUAUCUACCUCAGAGUGAUGCUGUAAAGAUUAAGGAUUAUGUCAAUGAAAAGCCUCUAUUUUUUAAAUUUAAAAAACAAUUGGAAUAUAAUUGCUUUACAAUGUUGUGUUAGUUUCUGCUGGGCCACAACAUGAAUCCGCUGUGUGUAUGCUUAUGCCUCAUCUCUCUUGAGCCACCCUCCCACCCCUCC